AUGGCAGAUGAUUUGAUAGACUACGAUGAAGAAGACGAGAACAUACCCACCGAAGUUGCACUUAUCGAACAGCCUCCUACCAACAGUCAAGAUAAUACCGAGGAGGACAAAAAAGAUAAAAAGGGUAGCUAUGUCGGCAUUCACUCUACCGGUUUCAGAGAUUUCCUGUUGAAGCCCGAGUUGUUGCGCGCCAUUGUUGACUGUGGAUUUGAACACCCAUCCGAAGUUCAACAAGAAUGCAUUCCUCAGUCUAUUCUUGGCAUGGACGUUUUGUGUCAAGCAAAAUCUGGAAUGGGAAAGACAGCAGUUUUCGUCCUGGCCACUCUUCAGCAGGUUGAACCCGUUCCCGGUGAAGUUUCCGUCAUCAUUGAUGUCUUUUUUGGCGGAACCAUAGUUAAAGAGGAUCACAAAAAGUUUUCGAACAAGGAUACAGUUCCGCAUAUUGUGGUUGGUACACCCGGAAGGGUUCUGGCCUUGGUGAACGAAGGAUAUCUUAAAGCAGGGAGCGUUAAGCACUUUGUGCUUGACGAAUGCGACAAGAUGCUUGAUCAACUAGACAUGAGACGUGAUGUCCAAGCCAUAUUCCGAAAAACUCCUCAUAACAAGCAAGUUAUGAUGUUUAGCGCCACACUUAGUAAAGAUAUUCGACCGAUUUGCAAGAAGUUUAUGCAAAACCCUCUUGAAAUCUAUGUCGACGACGAAACAAAACUCACGCUACACGGUUUACAACAAUAUUUUUUAAAACUGAAUGAGACCGCCAAGAAUCGCAAGUUAAACGAUCUAUUAGAUACUCUUGAAUUUAAUCAAGUGUGCAUAUUUGUAAGAUCCGUUACGCGAGCCAAUGAGUUGAACAAACUUCUUUGCGACUGUAAUUUCCCUAGUAUUUGCAUUCACGGCGGUAUGAGCCAAAGUGACAG